CUUACUGCCAUCUGAAGUUCAGAAUUUAGAGAACUUUACCUCUAAGAGUGUUGCUGUCAUUGCCAAAGGGUGUUUGACCCUUUUGUUGGGUCAAACAGCCAGAAACCCACCUAAAACCUUAAUCGUCUUCCAAAUUUUUUUCGUCUGUUUGUUGGUCCCCCCCCAAAAACCAACCAUACGAUUUCCCCCGAGCUCCCCUAAUUCCCCCGCCCCCUCAACAGUCCCCCGUUACCGUCGUCCAUCCGACGCAGCCCACCCCCCGCUUUCCGAGCUGGCGUGGCGACGCAAACUCACAAAUAUUUACUUCCUUUACAUCAAAAGGAAAGGGGGCCCCCCUUUCGUGGAAUGUGGCAACAUGGGCGUGUUUGACCGCGGAGUUCAGAUGCUGCUGACCACAGUGGGGGCCUUUGCUGCCUUUAGCCUCAUGACUAUCGCUGUGGGGACAGACUAUUGGCUGUACUCGCGUGGCGUCUGCAAGAUAAAGAGCACCAACGAAAACGAGACAAGCAAGAAGAACGAGGAGGUAAUGACGCACUCAGGCCUCUGGAGGACGUGCUGCCUAGAAGGUUCUUUUAAAGGCAUGUGUAAGCAGAUAGACCACUUCCCAGAGGAUGCUGACUAUGAGGCAGAUGCUUCAGAAUACUUCCUACGUGCGGUUCGAGCCUCUAGCAUCUUCCCCAUCCUGAGUGUGAUCCUUCUCUUCAUGGGGGGGCUCUGUAUCGCCGCCAGUGAAUUCUACAAGUCACGCCACAACAUCAUCCUCAGCGCCGGCAUUCUGUUCGUCUCUGCAGGCCUGAGCAACAUUAUAGGAAUCAUUGUAUAUAUAUCAGCCAACGCUGGUGACCCUUCAAAGAGUGACUCCAAGAAGAACAGCUACUCAUACGGCUGGUCCUUUUACUUUGGUGCCCUCUCCUUCAUCAUGGCCGAAAUGGUGGGUGUGCUAGCAGUGCACAUGUUCAUUGACCGCCACAGGGAGCUGCGAGUUGGAGCACGAGCUGCAGACUACCUCCAAGGUGCUGCCAUCACGCGCAUCCCGAGCUACCGUUAUCGCUAUCGACGCCGUUCGCGCUCUUCUUCCCGCUCCACGGAUCCCUCGCAAUCUCGCGAGGCAUCUCCGGUGGGCCUGAAGGCCUUCGGGACGCUGCCUUCCACCGAGCUGUCUAUGUACACGUUGCCAAAGGGCCAGACGGGCACCCCAACAGCAACCUAUAACUCUACGGAAAGGGACCACAACUUCCUGCAGGUCCACAACUGCGUUCAGAAGGACCUCAAAGACUCAGCAGCCAACCGGCGCACUACACCUGUAUGAAAAAGAAGACGGACCAUAGAUUCUGGGGUAGAGUAGCAAAUGAAUAAAAUGGAGUAAAGAAGGAGAAAACAGCUGAGAGGGUGGAUGAAUAGAAUAGACUGGUGAGGAAGUACAUGGGUUAAGUUCUGAGCUCUUCAGAAGACCUCAGAAUAUCACUGAGCUUCUGGUUAAAAGAAAACCAAUAAAAAAAGAAAAGAAUUAAAAAUGCAUAAAAAAGAAACAUGCAUGAUUUUCUCAUCAGUAAUGUUUAACAUGUUUUAAACAUGUUUGAGGGGGGUGAUAAAUCAGGAGGGGGGGGUGUCAGGGGUUUGUGGCUGUCUCGGGGCUGUGGAUCCAUGGAGUGGUAGGCUGGGCCAGACUGCCUUUACAAAGGUGAUUUUUUUUUUUCUGUUAAGUUUUUCUUCCUAACAUAAACAAAUUGGGUGCACAGUUUGCCCCUUUGGCCCAGCCUAUGAAACUGCCCUUGCACUGUCAUACCACAGGCCCUCUUACACACAAACCGUGCACUCCCAAACACCCCGCUCCUUUGUUUAGUUGCUGUUUCCUCUUGAUUUCAUCCUUUAAUCGCAUUAAACUGUAAACCACUGCAGUUUGGGAUUCGAGCGGGGAGGGAGUAAAUCAGGCCUCAAAAAAAGGAAAAAUAACAAGUUACUAUAUGUGCUGAUUAUAUAUAUAAAUAUAUAUGUAACUAUGUCAUGAUUAGCCUUCCCUGGUGCAAAGCAACAAGAACAAAAUGUAAAGUAACCCAAGAGUUACUUUAGUAAAACUAAAGUCAUCUUGCAAACUGAAACCAAGAUGGAGGAUUCAGCAUGACUGGCUCAUCUGUUGGACUUCUGCCUAGUCAAUAGAAAUUGGUUAGUAUUAGACACAUCACAUUUUUUAUAAUAACAAAAUAAAAUAACAAAAAUUUGGAAGUCCACCAACAAAACCCUGACAGCCAUAUUUGUUCAGGCUUAACAAGUUAAAUGUUGACCUUUCUAUUUUUGAUGUAGAUUUUUUUUUUAUUAUUUAAUAAUGAAUCUAUUUAUUCAUUUAUUCUGGGCCCCUCGAAGGGGUAAAGAGGAAAAGAGCUGUGGGCAAGGAGUAAAUUUCUCUCCAAACUUGAAGACGACUGUGGACAAUGAAACGCCACUACUGCCAAAGACACAAGGUAGUGCGUGAGAGAACACAGCUACCAACGAGCUGAAGUAAAGUGACUCCGCAAAAAAAAGAAAAAGAAGUAUCAAUUUACAUGCAUGCUGAUCAAAAUCAUCAAAUCUGCUUUUAAGGAAACCUAUCUUUUUGAACAAUUAGACAAUGGUACGAUGUAAGGGCGGUGGAACAAUAGAAAUAACUGUUACAGUACUGUGUCUCUUCCAUUUUUCUUCCUAUUUUUAAGGGGUCAGGCUUUUGGAGUGGGGGCUUCAUUUUGCUUGGAACAAAGACAAAACUUUGGAAAACAUGUCAAGGCUAUUUUUUAAAAGAAAAAAAUCUUGCCUUUUCAUUUCAUUUUGUUUUCACAGUUAAGUUAAACUCAAAUACAGCCUUAGUAUUUUUUUCUUUAUCUCAGUUUUCUUGCUUCUUUGGUUUAACAUUGUGUUGUUGUAAAUGAGAAUAUAUAUUUAAAAAAGAAGUCUAAUAUCUUUCAGGGUACCAAAACUGAAUGAUUCUGAACUUGGAUGUUUCAAGUCCUGAUGACGAAUAAAAAAUCACCCCUCCCCUGUAAGAAACUGAAUGAGUGUGUUGUUUACAUGUGGUCAAAAACACAAACUAAGGCAUUCCUGAGUAUAGCCAUCCUUUGUUCACAUGUUAUAUUCCUUGAUAAUAUCUGGGAUUCAUCUGAGUUAGCCUUUACUUUGCCAAGUGUUUUUUUUUAUUUAUUUUUUUUUUUCACAACAUGAGCCCUAUUAUUCAUGUAAAUGUUAUUCUAUGACUGUUGGGAGCUAAUAGAUGUUAAACAGCAUUCUUCAAAAAAAAAUUAGCAGCUCAGAUAAGAUUAGAUAGUAAAGUGUGUAACUUUAAACCUGUUAAACAGUGCAGUGGCUGUGCUUUAAAAAUGACAAGAAAAAUGUAAUUCCAUCAACAAUUAAUAAAACAAGACUGUUUAGUGCGCUGUA